UUAUUUUUAUUAACAUUAGGAAUAUUAGGGGCUUGUAUUUGUGGUGGAAGAACUAGUGAAUGUAAUGGCAACGCUAAAAUUUCGUUAUUAACAACCGUUCAUGAUGAUUCGACGUGUUCUAAUCCGUCAAGCAGAGGCGUAAUAAUGUCAGAGGCUGCUAAAAUGUUCGUCGAUGCGCACAAUGCCAAAAAUAAUAACCUGAAGAUAGAUUUAAGCGUUUUGGAUACUUGCGGUACAGUGACGGGUGCGACAACUGCUGCGAUGAAAGCGCUGUCAAGUAGCUGUCUUCAUCCGCCGUAUUUUUUAGGAUUAAUCGGACCGGAAUCACCUCAAAACAUUGACGCUGUACAAAAAAUAACCUCAAUACUGCACGUGCCCCAUAUUGUCCAUACAAACUCGAUGUCGUCGCCUUACCUCCACAACUUACAUGAAGAAACAGACUCUUAUAUCGUUCAAGGAAUUUUAGAGAUCCUAGAAGUCUUAAAAUGGAAGUCAUUUACAUUAACCACGCCGAAGUACAACAGCAACAGCAAUAAAGAUGAUGACAUACAGGUUAUCGCUAAGAAAGUAACCAAUGGCGCGAUAUCCCGCGGUCUCUGUGUGAUGAUCCAUGAUGAAGAUGAUAGUGAUGACUUUUCUUCAAGGAUUGUUUAUAUUGGCAAACCGCCCAAGAGCUUUUUUAAAAAUUUAGCCAGCACAGUUGUCAUUGCAAGCGAAGGAAAUUUGAGAAGCUACAUCGAUAAAAUCGAUUACUCUCAUUCUAUUGUCCUGCUUGGAGAUACUAGAACUGACUUGGCUGGAAUUGAAUCGAAAGUUGAAAACUCGAAAUUGUGGAGCAACAAAGAGGUCGAAAGAUUUGAUACUGAAGAGAUGCGUGAAAUUAGGUGGCUUAAAGAUGCUCUUGAAGUUUACACUAAAUCGUAUGAUUUAUUGUGCAAGAAGAAAAAAUGUUCAAGCGAAGUAAACCAUGCUGAAUGGAACACCCUGAUUGGUAACGUGAUAUCAACUAAAAACGCGCAAUUGCAAAUUGCAACUAGAACAAUUGACAUUUACCUGCGGGUGAAAAAUGGGGUUCUUGAUAAAUUAGGAGAAAUAAAGGUGAAGAAAAACGACGCUAUUGUCGAUUGGGACGACGAAAAUUCUAACAAUAAUGGCAACGAUGAUGAUGACGUAAUGCCGGAUUUAUUUAGAGGUUUGUUGUCGAACGGCAAUGAUAAAACAAAUGACUGCGCUACUUCUAGUAAAAACUUCAAGACUCGUAACAACCCUAAAAUUAAUAAUAAUAAUAAUAAUAAUAACAAUAAUAAUAAUAAUCAUAAUCAUAAUCGCAAGAAGUACAAUAAUGACGAUGAUGAUGAUGAUGAUGAUGAUGAUGACGAUGAUAUUUCCAGAGUGGCAGUAGUGAGCGGAAUUGGAGUUUCUAUGUUCACAAUCGGCAUAUUAGCGGUCUAUGUAGUGUUCAACAACAUCCGGGGACCACGCAGUCCAAAACACAAAGGCGGAAGACGUUAUUCGAGCAACGGAAGUGUAAUAAGGCGCGUAAACAGUGAACGAGAGUUGCAGAUCGUCACACAAACGCCAAUUCAUCACCCGUCACGGCCAAAUCAAAGAAGAAAUAGCAAUCACAGCCUCGGCAGUGUUAUUUCUGAUAAAAGUGUUUAG